AUGUGGAUCGUGGUGAGUUUGCUCUGCUGCUCAGUGCUCGGAGGGCUGCCACGGGCAGGCGGCUCAUGCCCAUCGCAGUGCAGCUGCGCCUUCCACAGCCUCAGCGAAGGGACGAAAGCCAGGACAGUGCUGUGUAAUGAUCCAGAGAUGACCCUCACUCCCGUGAACAUCCCUGUAGAUACGUCCAAGCUUCGGAUAGAAAAGACAGCCAUCCGCAGGGUGCCAGGAGAGGCUUUCCAUGCGCUCCACAAUCUGGAGUACCUCUGGAUGCCCUAUAACUCCCUGGCAAGCCUCAGUGGGAUCACCUUCAAGGGUCUCCGUCGCUUGCAGGAGCUGAGGCUGGAUGGGAAUGACUUAAUAUCAUUCCCCUGGGAAACCCUGGCUGACAUGCCACAGCUAAGGCUUCUGGAUUUACACAACAAUGAACUUACCUCAAUCCCUCCAGAUGCUGCUCGUUAUGUCAAGAAUAUCACAUACCUGGACCUGUCUAGCAAUAAGCUUAUGACUCUUCCUCAGGCUCUUAUUGCCACCUGGGCCAACCUCCAGGCUGUUCCUUAUUUCCCCAAUGAUAACUCCAAGAUCAUCCUAGGCUUGCAAGACAAUCCUUGGGCAUGUGACUGCAGUCUGUAUGAAAUGGUCCAUUUCCUAAAUUUCCAGUCUCCUAACAUAGCAUUCAUUGAACCCAGGCUGAAAUGCUUCACCCCCCGGAGCCUUGCAGGAGUCUUCUUCAGCCAAGUCGAGCUAAGGAAGUGUCAAAGUCCCGUCGUACAUACAUCCGUAGCCAAAGUAAAGACCAUCCUGGGCAGCACUGUGCUACUGCGAUGUGGAACAACAGGGGUGCCCAUUCCUGAGCUCAGCUGGAGAAGGGCUGAUGGUGCUCAAUUGAAUGGCACAGUUCAUCAAGAGAUUUCCAGUGAUGGCAUGAGCUGGUCUAUUCUGGGCCUGCCUGUAGUCUCUUAUCUCGAUUCUGGCGAGUACAUCUGUAAAGCAAAGAAUUUUCUGGGGGCAACAGAGGCGUUCAUAUCUCUCAUCAUCACAGACUCAGAAAGCACUGAUGACCCCAACUCUAAUGCCAAAGGUGCAUGGAGCGGGAAGGCAAGUGGGAUGGAGGCAGCUGCCUACAAUGACAAGCUAGUGGCAAGGUAUGUUAUCACCACCUCCACCGUGCCUACCCUCGGGGCUGGAGUGGGCACUGGAGAGGGCCUCCUCCUCCCAGAUGUGGCACAAGAUAGCAACCCCAGAAACCUGCUGGUGAGCUCGCCUCCCGGUCAGCAGGAGCCGGAGCGAAUCGUGAGGUCCGUCAGGGUGAUAGGAGACACUGACCAGAGUAUCACCCUGGCCUGGAAGGCGCCUCUGGCAAAGAACACGACAGUGUUCAGUGUCCUCUACGCUAUCUUUGGAGAGAGAGACAUGCGGCGGAUCAACGUGGAGCCAGGGAAGACCAAGGUCACCAUUUAUGGGCUGCUGCCAAAGACCAAAUACAUUGUGUGCGUCUGCGUGAAAGGGCUGAUCCCCAGGAAGGAGCAAUGCAUCAUAUUUUCCACAGACGAAGUUGCUAGUGCAGGAGGGACCCAGAAACUCAUCAAUGUGGUUGUCAUCAGCGUGGCCUGUGUCAUUGCUGUUCCUCUGACGCUGGUGGUCUGCUGUGGCGCACUGAAAAGGCGCUGCAAAAAAUGCUUUGUGCGGAAACCAAAGGAAAUUCAGGAGUCCUAUGUCACCUUUGAAAGCCUGUCUCCUGGGGCCAAGGCAAAAGGUGUGGAAGGAGAAUACUUGACUAGACAUACCCCCGACGAGUCGAACAGGCUGCUGUCUGCUAGAUCCAGUGUGGACUCAGAAGCAAUACCAAAGAUAGAGGGACAACCUAACGAAUACUUUUGCUGAUAGUAACUCUGCUGAUUGUCGGCUCUCCAGGUGGAAAGCAUGUGGCUGUAUAUAUGACUCUCUGCUCCAGCAUGGCAGGCCACCCUGUCAAUGCUUCUGUAUCUCCAACAUGUUCUGGAGGAGCAUGCAAGAGGGUAGAUGGUUCCCAAGCUUUACAGAAACACGUUGCUCAUCCCACCUGGGGUGUGCUGUUUUGUACCCAGUCAAAAGCUUCUAUGAUAAUGGCCUCAUUCUCUUGGACCACUUUUAUUUUCGUAAAAUGAAGCGUGCACACUGAGUGUGAGGACAUUAAGCAACAUUUCUGAGAGCGCUCUGCUUGGUGUUGUUUAGUACCUGCUCUGCAAUAUGCUAAGUAUUUUAUUCUCAGCUAUUUUGGUGUUCUUAUGGUUGACAAACAGGGGAGUGUUUAGUAAUUUAAAUAUAAAUAUCUGUGAAGGUGAAGAUUGAGAGUCUCACCUUUUACAUCCCCCAUGUUUGCAUGAAACAUGCAGCUUGAUGCUUAAUAGAUCACUAAACGCAGAUGUACAGCAGCUCUUUCUAGUUUGUCCAACAUGAUAAUGGCUCUAUGCUCUGAAUUCAGAGAAAUGUACAAGUGAGAUAGAAAUGAAGAGACAAAACCCAAUCCAUCCCUAAGAAUACUUAACAGAGAGCAUUUUGUGAUUGCAUUUUGGCCCUAAACACUAUUCUUAAGAUUUUCUUGAACAACGGUACUGCACAGGUCUUUCAGUAUCACACCUAGCUGGCGUUUUCUAGCUGUGUUGUAAUUAGUAGAGUAUGUUUUGUAUCAGCUGUGUUAGUUAAAAAUCGUACAAUAUCCUACUCUGCAAAUUGUGUGUGGUGUUGUAAUGCUUUGUAAUCAUACUGAAAAACCUACAUUACACAGUUCUGCAAAAAAUCUCCCAGACCAGCCCUGUCAUUGCUGCUGGCUCUCCUGACAAAACUGGUGGCGAAGACCAAAGGGCUCAGCCAGGCACUUGUGGUUUGGUCAUGAUAAUACCUUGCUCCGUGCAGAGCAGGGGUCUGCAAUGCAGUCGAUGGUCGACUGCUGGCCAGGCACACAUCAGCCAUACUUGCACCAUGGCAUCAGUGGUGGUAGAAGCUCAGUGCAAACUUUUGGGUUACAAACAUUUUACAAGUUCAAGAAAACUGUCUAAUAUUCAUCUAAAUGUACUUUCAUAGCCAGGGUGAGCUAAUCAGUUAUUUAAGUCCUGCAGCUCCACUGGAAUCUGGAUCUGAGUGCUUAUCAUAAAGAACUUCCCAGCAGUAUAAUUUUCCACUCCAGUCCCUCAUGUAGUAAUACUGUAUAUAAUGUUUUUCUUUUUGUAAUAAAUAUUCUUCAUGAAGAAAAUUAUAUAUGAUCUGCC